CGCCACCCAGCGGCCAGAUUGUGCCAGGCAAAAUGGCUGCAUGUUUUUGUUGUUUUCGGUGCUGGCCGGGUGGUGGUUUUCGUACGGGUCAUGUACCACUGAAAGAAAUCCCGACUGUCACAUUGGACAUGUCACAUAUGGGUGGCGAUGUAGUCAUUGUAAAAUCGGGACGAAGAAUUUGUGGAACCGGGGGAGCCCUUGGCAAUGCACCACUAGUCCAAGACAAAGCCUACUUUGAAAUGAAGCUUCAGUCAACUGGGAACUGGGGUUUUGGGAUCGCCACCCGCAAAUGCAAUUUGAACGUCCUUCCUCUGGGCAGCAAAUCAGAGAGUUGGAUGCUGAGGUCGGACGGUACCAUUUCCCACAACGGGGAGUGCCUGCACAAACUGGAGGCUGAAAUCGCUGAGGGGGACAUCAUUGGGAUCACGUAUGAUCACAUCGAGUUAAACUUUUACAAGAACGGCACGCCCCUUAACCUGCCGGUCACCGGGAUCCGUGGGACCGUCUACCCAGCCACGUAUGUUGAUGAGGGUGCAAUUCUUGACGUGCAAUUCAGCGAGUUCUACCACACGCCACCGGCCGGCUUCGACAAAGUCAUGUUUGAGCAGUCGUUAUUAUGACAUUCUUUUCCACCUAUUGUGAACUGGGCAAAGGCUACUGGCCGUGUGCUCCCCCACUGCGGUUUGUCUCUCGCUACAACAACUCUCCGAGAAACGCAACUUGGCUGAGAAUUUACGCAGCUAUUAUAAGUCAAAUGACUGCAUGAUGUACACCGACUUGAGCCUCACGAAAACUACAUUUGUUCCCUGCAAGAGUGUGUUGUGCAGAAAAGCCAUACUGCGUAUCAAGUGGACUGCUAUAUGUUUACAGCUGAGCUAGAAAAGCAGAAGGAAUCUUUGUGUAAAGUUUUGUCCUUGACUACUUCUUUUGACUAAAGUACAAGGCCAGUGCUGAAGGAGUUGAAAUCAUGUCGAGUCCUGAGAUUUGAACAUAAAGUCUUCAAAUUGAGUAGAAGUACAAGUCUGUGUAUGGUGCUCGGGUCUGAUUGCUUUAAUGUGUAAGUAAGAACACAAGUACUUUUAAAACAGUAAACAAGAUGAAGCAAGUAAA